UGAAACUUCUACUGAGCAUGAGCAGCGGUAACAUAACAGAGGAUUUACAUCUUUGCUUUUCUUUUUUCUCACGGUUUUUCUCUGCAUUCAAGUUUGUGAGCUCAACCACCCGUUUAUUUUGCCCUCAAUGUUCGCUGCCAGCCUGAUCACCUGAACACGUUGGUUGGGUGGAAAGACUUAUUAUUCUCACACUCACAGUAAGACUGAUUUGGCAGCCAUCGGGCAAAACUCAGAGGCGCUUCCUCCUCUAUAUUUGGCUGCUGUCUGUGACAAAAGUUACAGAGACGAAGACAGUUGCAGAGACAAAGAGGAAGACUGACAGACGUGUACUGUAUGUGCGGCAGGGAAAGGUACGAGAUAGGUCAGGCAACACAAAAGUGAUGUUUGUGGUGGGAACUUCCUGCCUUGGCUGUCCUCCCAUGACACGAUCAUUGUUCCCUUAAGUUGUACCAUGCGGUUUGGCAGGCAGGUAUUUUGUCUAAAAACAUGUCAAGCAGCUGAGUGUGUGGGAUGAAAGCGCAAAGAAAGCAAAACAGAGGAAAGAAUAACCAUGCUGAUGAAUCAGCAGCUGGUUUAUAUUGGCUUAGAGCUGGUGAUCGCUUGCCUGGCUGUGGCUGGGAACAUCCUGGUCUGCUGGGCCGUCUGCCUCAACUCCAACCUGCAGAGCAUCACCAACUUCUUUGUGGUGUCACUGGCGGUGGCUGAUAUUGCUGUGGGGCUGCUGGCAAUUCCCUUCGCUAUCACUAUUAGCACCGGCUUCUGCGCCAACUUCUUUGGCUGCCUGUUCAUCGCCUGCUUCGUACUCAUACUCACCCAGAGCUCCAUCUUCAGCCUGCUGGCCAUCGCCGUAGACCGUUACAUCGCUAUCGAGAACCCACUCAGGUACAACAGCCUGGUGACAGGGCAGAGGGCAAAGGGCAUCGUCGCAUUGUGCUGGGUUCUCUCAGUAGGCAUCGGCCUGACACCGAUGCUGGGCUGGAACAGAGGUUGGAACGCCACCGCCAGCAGCGACAAAUGCCCUGAAGGCCUGACAGAGUGCCUGUUUGAAAAAGUGGUUACCAUGGACUACAUGAUCUAUUUCAAUUUCUUCGGCUGCGUACUGGUGCCCCUGUUUGUCAUGCUGGUCAUCUAUGCCCAUAUCUUCAUGGCUGCACGCCGCCAGCUCCGACUGAUGGGACUCAAAGUUGCGCACACACCUGCUCCUGGUGAGGUAACCUCAUCGUCGGGCACAUCUCGUUCAACCCUGCAGAAGGAGGUGCAUGCUGCCAAAUCGCUGGCCAUCAUUGUAGGUUUGUUUGCUCUAUGCUGGCUUCCGCUGCACAUCAUGAACUGUUUCAACUACCUGUGUCAGAGCUGUGACCGCACACAUAUCUGGGGGAUGAACAUUGCCAUCAUCCUCUCCCAUGCUAAUUCUGUUGUGAAUCCCUUCAUCUAUGCUUAUCGCAUUCGGGAGUUCAGACAGACCUUUCGGAGGAUCCUGUAUCAGCACAUUUUAGGGCGGAGGGAUGGACACGGGGCUGGGAGUAGCGAUGGCAGAAGUGUCAGGGGCAGCAGUAUCAUGAGGACUUCCUCCCACACCAGUAAAGAGGGUUCAUCCUGUGGCACAGUAGUGAAUAGCUACGUCCUAGACCCCAGCCCUGACCGAACGCCACCAAAAGCUACUCACGAAGCCUCUUGCCAUUGGACAUCAAAUGUUGCCGCUGCACCAAGCAGCUGCAUACACAAUGGACACCAGAUAAAAGGCAGCAACCUUUCAGCAAUGCAGCAGCAGCCAUGCAUCAUGGGAUUUGCUGCUCAGGAUGGAGUAGAAUCAGUUACAUAUCUGAGGGGAACAACAGAUGUUCUGGAGGUGAAAGACAGUGGCAUUGCUUUUGUAAAUGUUCAGGCUCUCUCCCAAAAACAGACUGACUGUGUCCGCUGUGCAGAGCUUACUGAAGUCUCAUGACAAAGAUAUUUAAGUAUUUAAAAUAUAUAUUUCUAUUACCAUAAAACUGUGUGCAAACAUGACAUUAUGGAGAUUGGUUAAUGAAACUUCAAAUUAAUAACAACAGCAAAUCUUUAUCUUUCUGAAGUCACAUAAACUGAUUACCAGGCAACAUUUUGACCUGCUUUCCUUUGUCCUAAUCUAAUAUCUCUGAGUUGGAUCAGAUCUAUAAGCAUGCAACAGAAUCUGUCAAAAUGUGGAUGUUUAAAAUACUUUCAGCAAUACAAUGACAUACUGUAUGUGGUAGUGUGUUAUUUUUCCAAGAUGAAUGUCCUUUUUUUAGGCUGUGUCUUAAUGUGCAGAAAACAAUUCUUUCUGAACUGUACUGUAUCUUGCAAUGCUUUUUUAAAGAGACUUUCUUGAACUGCAUUUUUUUGAUAAUGUGGCAUCCAGUCAACUUUUGUAAUGGUCAUGUGUAUUGUUUUUACCCACUGGAAAAA